CCCAAGAGAUCAAGUAAGCGGAUGGCUACUACUACGGCUGGCAAACUCGGUUCGGGCCGGGGACCAAAGUACCGGACGUCGUGUGACGGCUGUCAAGCCAUGAAGAUCAAGUGUGGUCAGGAGAAGCCCUCGUGCCGCCGUUGCUCUACCCAGCGACUCGAGUGUGUGUACAGUCUCUCCCGUCGGAUGGGACGACCGAGAGAAAAGCGAAACACACAAGACGGAACAAGUAGCCGCCAGAUUCAUCUCCGUGACACACCUCCCGGCGAUGGGAGCUUGGGUAACGCCUUGAGCUCUCCUGCACCAGUCGCGCCCUUGGCAUCUUUCGACGCGACGACGACGACGACGACUCCUUCACGGCCCAAUGACGUGACCGUGAACGUCAACCACCACGUGACCAUUGCUUCCCCCUUCCCAGACCCCGCCGAUGAUUGGCCCAUCAGCCCUCCAGAGACAGAACAGCAUGCUUCGAAAAUGGGCACAUAUGACUCCUAUCCGGCCGAUUCACAGCCGCCGCCGCCGCAAACGAGCUCGCUGGAGGAUUGCCUGCAAAUGUGUUCGCCCCUGGGAAUCAACGGCGCGACCGAAUUCGCCGAUCUGUACGACUUCCUGGAAGACACCAUGCCUCCUCUGUACGACGAUGCCUCCCAGAGCACAGCGCCUCGGCCUACGUCGAACGCGUUCGACCUGCAGAACCUGCCUCCUUUCACCAGCCUAUCCAGCUUCAUAGAUGACCCUCCGUUGCAAUCGAAUCUCGGUGCUGCGCAAAUGACACACACUGGGGACCCAUGCGCUUGCGCGGCGGGCCCACCCUCCAAAGACCCUUCGCAAGGCGACGCGGCAGGCCUUUCCGACAACCUCGCUAACACUGUGUCGGACGCAGCCUCCAACCCGGACCAGUCGCCCGCUCUCUGCAUCGCGCCCGAAAAGGACUUGUGGUCAACUUCGGGCCGCUCGAUUUCCGAGCAAAACUACCCCGGGACUAUUCGCCCCUUCGCUGCGACGCAGUGCACCUGCACCACGUCAGUGCUGCAGAGCAUCGAAGCCGUCAAGGAUACGAAGCGCAAGAGAGGCCUGGUGUCGCUCGAUAGCGUCUUGACGCUGGAGGCGGGGAGCAAAAGCUGCAUCUCCCAGCUGCUCACGUGCCGAAGCUGCCGCGCGGACACGUCCACACAUCUCCUAGGCCUGAUGUGUAUCCGCAUGGUGCUGGACCUGCUGCACAAGGCGGUGCGCGAAGAAUUCGUCCCACGGAAACGUGCAUCGCUCGCACUCUCGUCUUCCUCCUCCGCAGCUGCUGCCGCCGCCAACACCCUCAACCACAACAGAUCAGAUCUCUACAUCGGCAUUUUCAAAGUCCCGCCACUCGUGCGUUCGCAUUUCUUACACCGCGCGCUCCAGGCGCGCUUCCGGAAGCUCGCAGCAAUGCUGACCGACUGGGAGCACCUCGUCCGCGGGGAUGAUCCGGCGGCGCGUGCUGCGGCGGGCUAUGAUUGCUUCUCGCAGGCGGCGGCGGUCGUGCUUAGGGACGUGGAAAGCGUGUUGAGGAUGGUUGUCGGCUGGGUUGACAUGGGGAGUGCGAAGGUUUGA